UCAACUGUAAGCUUCGGUCAUCGUCUGUGCUGCGGUCGCCGGGAGUCUCCUCACUGGGGGCCAGGUCACAACUGUAGCUUCCUGUUGGGAAAAAGGAAAAGUGGAUCUUGCCAGCCUCCCACCUACCCGGCCAGAGCUGGCGAACACGUCCUGUCGCGGUUCCUGGCGCGGGGCGGGACAGGAGCCCCCUCAACGGGGGCAGCCUCGGAAGAACCUGCUGUGGCCAGAGAGAUAGGUGAAAAUAAGUGAGAAAGAAGCAUAUUUGGGAGUCAUCUAACAUGUCACGAAGAAGAUUUGAUUGCCGAAGUAUUUCAGGCAUGCUAACAACAACUCCUCAAACCCCAAUGAAAAUGGAAAACUUUAAUAAUUUCUAUACACUUACAUCUAAAGAACUAGGAAGAGGAAAAUUUGCUGUGGUUAGACAAUGUAUAUCAAAAUCUACUGGCCAAGAAUAUGCUGCAAAAUUUUUAAAAAAGAGAAGAAGAGGACAAGAUUGUCGGGCAGAGAUCCUACAUGAAAUUGCUGUACUUGAAUUGGCAAAGUCCUGUCCCCGUGUGAUUAAUCUUCAUGAGGUUUAUGAAAAUGCAAGUGAAAUAAUUUUGAUAUUGGAAUAUGCUGCAGGUGGAGAAAUUUUCAACUUGUGUUUACCUGAGCUGGCUGAAAUGGUCUCUGAAAAUGAUGUUAUCAGACUUGUUAAACAGAUACUUGAAGGAGUUUAUUAUCUGCAUCAGAAUAACAUUGUACAUCUUGAUUUAAAGCCACAGAAUAUAUUAUUGAGCAGUAUAUACCCUCUUGGGGACAUAAAAAUUGUAGAUUUUGGAAUGUCUCGAAAAAUAGGGAAUGCAUGUGAACUUCGGGAAAUCAUGGGAACACCAGAAUACUUAGCUCCAGAGAUCUUGAACUAUGAUCCCAUUACCACGGCAACAGAUAUGUGGAAUAUUGGUAUAAUAGCAUAUAUGUUAUUAACUCACACAUCACCAUUUGUGGGAGAAGACAAUCAAGAAACGUACCUCAAUAUUUCUCAAGUUAAUGUAGAUUAUUCAGAAGAAACUUUUUCAUCAGUUUCACAGCAGGCCACAGACUUUAUCCAGAGCCUUUUAGUAAAAAAUCCAGAGAAAAGACCAACAGCAGAAAUUUGCCUUUCUCACUCUUGGCUACAGCAGUGGGACUUUGGAAGCCUGUUUCACCCUGAAGAAACUUCAACUUCCUCUCACACUCAGGAUCUUACAGUAAGGUCUUCUGAAGACAAGACAUCUAAAUCCUCUUGUAAUGGAACCUGUGGUGAUCGAGAAGACAAAGAAAAUAUCCCAGAGGAUAGCAGCAUGGUUUCUAAAAGAUUUCGCUUUGAUGAUUCAUUACCCAGUCCCCAUGAACUUGUUUCAGAUUUGCUGUGUUAGCACUUUUACCUUUGACUCACUGGGACUGAAUUUGAAAUUUUUAAUCCACUCCAGUGUGAGAUUGUGGUUUGUAGCCUUCUAUCUGACAUGUUUAUAUUAUAAAUGCAUUUUUUGUAUAGGAGAAUGUAGGGGAGCAUUUUAAUGUUAAAUUGCUGGUUGCUGGCAUAAUCUCCUUCCAUCUUCUAUGGAAAAUGACAUAUUUAAAUAUAUGACAAAAAGUGAAAUUGCCUAUGUCAGCUUACAUAUUAAUGAACAAUUCAUUUUUAGAUGAACUUAUGAAAAUGUUUUACAUGUCAGUAAAAAAGUUUGGGUUAUAUUAUGGUUGAUAAACUGAACAAAAUGAAGAUGUUGGAGUUUAAUCAGUUCUCUCUAAACUGAGUCCUUUAUUAUACCUUUAUUGACAUAAGUUGUUUAGGAAAACAGUGCCAACUUUCAACCAAAAUACACAUUACUUUAUAGAUACUUAAGAGAAAUUACAUUUGAAAAUGUUUUGUAAUUACAAAUAUUUGAAACCAUGUAAGAUUUCUUUUGCAUGUGGUCUGCUAUAUGAUAGAGGCCAUUUAAAUACAGCAAAGGAGUCUAUUAGAAACCUGAUCAGAGGUACUCUCUGUAUGUUGGAGCAGUGAGGAGAGCAGCAUGGCUUCAUCUUUUAACACAGACAUCUUUUGCCUACACGCAACAUACUUCAGACACAAUAAAGUCUGGAAAGCAGAGAAUACAUGGUAGGCAAGUGCAGAGGUUUUCGGUCUGCAGAAUUUCUAGAGAAGGUAUUUAUGUAAAAGUAAGUGAGUUCUGUUUUUAGUAAGCUUAUUGAAUUCCAUGUUUUCUAAGUCUUGGAAUACAAGAUAAUCAUCCAGAGUUUAAAAGAAUGCAUAAAAAAAUCAUAGCACCAGUAGGACUAUUAAUUGAUACAGUGUCAAAGUCAGCAGUAGCAAGAUUGAUAUGAUCAUAAAACAUGAUGACAUCAAGCUCUUCUGAGAUGGCUCAGCAUAAGGCUAUCCAGAGAGAGCCUCUUACUAUGGGCUUUUACUGGAACCAGUGCAGCUAAGUCUAAGGUGAGCAGAAUCAUGGCCAGUGAUUAUAUUCAGUCCCAAUGGGGGAGGACAUGUACUCCUUCUUGGUGAGUUUCUACCUGGUGACAAUUGAAAAAGAAAACUAUUGUAUUAUUAUGUCAGGAUAACUAAUCUUAUGACCAUGUUACCAUUUUAUCAAACAUAUUUGAAAAACUCUGGUAUUCCCCACUUUGAAUCAAAUAUUACUCUAAAAUAUCGAAAUUUUGAUAAGACUGCAAAUUCUUUAGUAAUAACUUAGAAGUCUUUAAUCAUCAGGUCACUUUAUUUAACUAAAUAUUGAAUUCCUUUCAUACCAUCAGCAGUUUUUAAGGAAAAGUUAUUUCUACUUAUAUAUGUGUGUGUGCGCACAUAUUUGUAUACGAAUAAGUAUAUGUAUAUAUAUGUAGAUCGAUAAAACAUAGUUUUUGGACAAUUUUCUCUUAGAAAUUUUUGCUCUAGUAUAUUGUGCUCAACUCAGGUGCCAAAAAAGCUCUUGUCUUAUAUACAUAUAUAUCAUAAAAUUUCUUUGAGAAGCAGUUUGUUGGUCUGAUAAAUUAGACAUUGCAGAAGCUAAAUUGAGCUCUUGUGUAUGUAAAACUGAUGAGUCUAAAUUAUUGAUUGUUCAUUUAUUUGCCUUCAGUAUUAAAAUUAUCUAGAGAAAGCUUAGUAAGUCAUUGGAUAAUGAGGAAAUAUUUACUUUUCCAAAAGACUGUGUUACUAUGUUUUAAGUUUUUUAGAGAAAUUAUGCCAUAACAAAAUAUAAAAAUCAAGAGAUGUUUAAAUUUUGAACUAUAAACUAGUUCUUAAAUAUUUUAUGCCAGCUUUCUUUUUCUCUGGGGAAUCUUAAAAUAGUUUGUUUUUCCUUAAUUAAAAGACUACACAAAGGCAUAAAUUUCCAUGCCUGUUUUCUAACAGUAAGUUUUAUUGUAAGAAAGCAACCAGUGGCUGCACAAGGAAUAUAAAAAUCCAAUCUUCCAAAAGGUGAAGUUAAAUAUUUUCACUGAUUGAAUGUGAAAAUAAGCCAAUCUUUCAAGAGAAUUUAUUAACAAAUGACUCAAUUCUUCCAAGACUGAACACAAAUUUUUAAAAAUAUACCAAAAGCAGAUGAUCCAUCUCACUAAGGUAAAAAUCUAGACAGUUUCUAUGAAAAAACAAAUAUCAGUAACACAUAAAUACAUCUGAAGAGAGCUGUUAAAUCAUGAUAAUUUGGCAAAGUUUAAUUUAUACUAUGAGAAAGAUCCCUGCCAGAUGAGAUUUUAAAAUUAAUGAUGUAUAGAUGAUAAUUAAAAUUGUCAUUUUAUUGUUUUCCCUUCAGUAAAAUUAACCUAAUGCUGAGCAAUGAAAUUAUAAUAGCACUUUAAAAGAAGUACCUGUUCUCCACUCUGUAAGGAGAUAAGGUACAUGUGCCAGACUAUAAAUCAACACAUUGCUUCCUUAUCACAAAAGUCAGUGGCACCAGUGUGAUUAGUGAUGUAAUUGAUUUUCAUUCUGGUACAAGCAUUUUCAUUUUGAAUGGGUCACAAAUAGUUCAUGGGCCAUCCUUUGAUAGCCUUGCUCUAAGCAACAUUUAUAAAUGUUGAUCCUUUAUAACUGUUUACAUUUCUUAUGUUUAUUUUUGAAUUUUCAGUGUGUUAUAUAAUGCGGAAACUUAUCCUUAUUCAUUGUGGUGUAACCAGUUGGUACUUUAAUUGCAAGUUGUACUAAAAUUAUCUGACUUACAAUUUAAGAGAUUAUUAUCAAUUUAUUAUUUCAUAUAGGACUUUGAAGAACAAUAAUUUAUAAAUUUCACACAAAUUCCAACUUCUGUGCCAUCAUAAUCGUGUUGCUUAAGGCAUAUUGGCUGGUAUUAUGAAUACUGUAGUAAAAGAAAAAACUUGUUUAUUAUAAUUAUUCUUCUUGCUAAACAUUAAAAAGCACUUUUAUACA